AUGGACACAGCUCAUCCUCCACAUCCCACCACCUACAGGUCAUCCUCCACCUACCACCAGAUACAGGUCAUCCUCCACAUCCCACCAGAUACAGCUCAGCCUACACAUCCCACCACCUACAGGUCAUCCUCCACAUCCCACCACCUACAGGUCAUCCUCCACAUCCCACCACCUACAGGUCAUCCUCCACACCCCACCACCUACAGGUCAUCCUCCACACCCCACCACCUACAGGUCAUCCUCCACACCCCACCACCUACCACCAGAUACAAGUCAUCCUCCACACCCCACCAGAUACAGGUCAUCCUCCACACCCCACCACCAGAUACAGGUCAUCCUCCACACCCCACCACCAGAUACAGGUCAUCCUCCACACCCCACCACCAGAUACAGGUCAUCCUCCACACCCCACCAGAUACAGGUCAUCCUCCACACCCCACCACCAGAUACAGGUCAUCCUCCACACCCCACCACCAGAUACAGGUCAUCCUCCACACCCCACCACCAGAUACAGGUCAUCCUCCACAUCCCACCACCUACCACGUCAUCCUCCACAUCCCACCACCUACCACGUCAUCCUCCACAUCCCACCACCUACCACGUCAUCCUCCACAUCCCACCACCUACCACGUCAUCCUCCACAUCCCACCACCUACCACGUCAUCCUCCACAUCCCACCACCUACCACGUCAUCCUCCACAUCCCACCACCUACCACGUCAUCCUCCACAUCCCACCACCUACCACGUCAUCCUCCACAUCCCACCACCUACCACGUCAUCCUCCACAUCCCACGUCAUCCUCCACAUCCCACCACCUACCACGUCAUCCUCCACAUCCCACCACCUACCACGUCAUCCUCCACAUCCCACCACCUACCACGUCAUCCUCCACAUCCCACCACCUACCACGUCAUCCUCCACAUCCCACCACCUACCACGUCAUCCUCCACAUCCCACCACCUACCACCAGAUACAGCUCAUCCUCCACAUCCCACCACCUACAGGUCAUCCUCCACAUCCCACCACCUACAGGUCAUCCUCCACAUCCCACCACCUACAGGUCAUCCUCCACAUCCCACCACCUACCACGUCAUCCUCCACAUCCCACGUCAUCCUCCACAUCCCACCACCUACCACCAGAUACAGCUCAUCCUCCACAUCCCACCACCUACAGGUCAUCCUCCACAUCCCACCACCUACAGCUCAUCCUCCACAUCCCACCACCUACAGCUCAUCCUCCACACCCCACCACCUACCACCAGAUACAAGUCAUCCUCCACAUCCCACCACCUACAGGUCAUCCUCCACAUCCCACCACCUACCACGUCAUCCUCCACAUCCCACCACCUACCACGUCAUCCUCCACAUCCCACCACCUACCACGUCAUCCUCCACAUCCCACCACCUACCACAUCAUCCUCCACAUCCCACCACUGAUCCAUGACCUCAGCAUCCCACUUACUACAUGGAGAUAUGGCAUACAGGGCUAG